AUCAAAGUCCGGCUGGUUGGGGAGGGGGUAAUGGAACGCGAAAGGGAUAAAAAAAAAAACAUGAGGGUUCCUUCCGGUUGGAACGUUCGGCCACUGCACGGCAGGAGAUGAAUGGAGGCCGCGUGAAAGAAGCUCUUGGCGUUGGGCAAGACGCCUACUUCUGAUUACUUGUUACCUUGCAAUUUCCUGUCAGACGGAAAGACACGCCGAGACGCUUCGGAAGGCAGGCUGAUUCUUGACCGUUAACCUGGUCCAGGAUGGCGAUGGAAGAGGGAGCCCUGUUGGAUUUGGGCCCCGCGAUCCAGGCUAGGCGAAAGCCAGAGGUGACCUCGGACGUGGAAACGGAGGAGCAGGGAGAAGAAGAGACAGACGUGCCCGCUGAGGAGGAGAUGGCAGGAUGGGAAGAGACCGCAGAUUCCAGGGCAGGAGCGAAGGGCAGGGAACGCGCUGGGGCCUCCCAGACUGGAAACACCAGGACUCUUCUGAUAAAGUCUCCAAGAGACUUGAUUAAAGAAGAGUUGCACCUGGAGGGCUUCCCCCAUUCUGAGGACACUCAGUGGAAAGACUUCCUUAAGACAGUGGUGACUCCUGCAGUUGGCUGCUCAAGUCUACAAGAGCUGAGAUCGUCCCUCCAGGCCUCUUCAGCAAUACUCCCAGCCUCCGUGCAGAUAAAGGCCAGAGACACCCGGCGCUUCACAGAAGAACGGUCGACCCAAACCCAGCCCGACUUCGGCGGGGAAUCCCAAGGGCCCCACCGAGACCUGAAGUCUUCCGAGCCGCUGAAAGAAUCGCUUCCGGAGGCAGAGACUGUCGUUUUGGAGAUUCAACGCCAGCACUUCCGCCAGUUCCUCUACCGGGAGGCUGGGGGUCCCCGUGAGGCCUGCAGCCGCCUCUGGUUCCUCUGCUGCCGGUGGCUGAAGCCGGAGAGGCACACCAAGGAGCAGAUCCUGGAGCUGCUGGUCCUGGAGCAGUUCCUGGCCAUCCUGCCCCCGGAGAUCCAGAGUUGGGUGGUCGAGGGAGGCCCCCAAACCUGUGCCCAGGCAGUAGCUCUGGCCGAGGGCUUCCAGCAGAAGGAAUGGGUACGUGAGAUGCUGGGUGAGCAGGUGUCAAAGAAAGAGCCAGCCCUGAAUUUUUCUGGGUCCGAGCAAGAGUCCUUGGCUUGUCUACAGGGAGAUGACAAUGGACUUUCCCCCAUCCAAGGUGAAUCUUUGAGGAGCACCAAUAAAGCCACCGAUCCACCAGACGUUCCAGGAGAAGGCACCAAUGGAAUAGUGAAAGGGAACUCGGGGGGGAAGGAUUCCCAGAGCGGUGAUCUGCAAGACGUUCCCAGAAUUUGGAAGGGAUUUGAAGGAGAGCACUCUCCAGAGAAGAACAUCGGGAAGGCUGUUCUUUGUGAAGGCGCUGAGAUCGUCGGAGAAAACACAGAUCCGAAGAGAAUCCAUCAAGUGAAGAGCGAGGCUGCCGGAGUAGCUGACCGUAACUCAGAUAUCAUUGAAUUUCAGGUGACCCACACAGGGAACAUGCCUUAUAAAUGUCCCGAUUGCGGGAAGAGUUUUAAUUACAGCACCAGCCUGGUUAGACACCAGAGAAUCCACACCGGAGAAAAACCGUACAAAUGUCUGGAUUGCGGCAAAUGUUUCUGCCAGAGCUCGGGUCUCACAAUUCACCAGAGAAUCCACGCAGGGGAGAAGGCCUACCAGUGUCUGGAUUGCGGGAAAAAUUUCCGGGUGAAGUCGCACUUGAUUAGGCACUCCAUCAUCCACAAGGGGGAGAAACCCUACAAGUGUCCGGAAUGCGGCGUCAGCUUCUGCGAGCGAUCGGAGCUUCGAAUCCACCAGAGGAUCCACACUGGAGAAAAACCCUACCACUGUGCCGACUGCGGGAAAAACUUUUGCCGGAAGGCGGAUCUGACGCUCCAUCAGAGGAUCCACACCGGGGAGAUGCCUUACACGUGCUUGGAAUGUGGGAAAGGGUUUCGCUGGAGCUCCAACCUGAUCACGCACCAGAAAACCCACACCGGUGUGAAGCCGUUUGAGUGCGCCGAGUGCGGGAAGAGCUACUACUCUAACAUGAGUCUCAUUCGGCAUCAGCGGGUCCACACCGGGGGCACCCCGUAUAUCUGUUCGGACUGCGGGAAAAGUUUCUGCGACAGCACCAGCCUCACCAGGCACCAGAAGAUCCACACGGGGGAAAAACCGUACGUCUGUCUGGAUUGUGGGAAAAGCUUCAACCGUAACUCGAACCUCAUUUCGCACCAGCGGACUCACACGGGGGUCAAGCCGUUCCUGUGUACCAACUGCGGGAAGAACUUCCGGUCAAAAUCAGAACUUCACCGGCAUUACACGGUUCACACGGAAGAGAAAAGCAAAAAGAUUUUGGUGGGAGACAGAUUAGAAGUUCCUGCUCAUGAGAAAACAAACAGCGAACUGGGAAUUAGGAAUGAAUAGAGGGGCGGAGGGCAGGGGUGUGUGGCAAAGGGAAAGUAGACCACCCAGAACAAACUUGAGAUUUUGAAUAAUUCUUGGAAAUCACCCAUAAAGGGCAUCUUUUCAUUAGAAAACCUAAAGCCUUUGGCAGCACCAUCCAGCCCUUUGUGAAACUAUUGAUUGUCCCUAUAGCUGUUUUUUCUCCCUUAUUUUUCUUCUACCACAAGGGUCUCCAAGUUUGACCGUUGUAAGACUUUGUGGACUUCCCCAGUACGGCUGGGGAAUUCUGGGAGUGGAAGUCCACAAGUUGAAUUCUAGGAAUUGAAAGUCCACAAAAGUCUUAAAGUUGCCAAGUUUGGAGAUCCCUUUUCUACAACCAAGUGUCAAAUGUUUAUGGGCUAUUUAAAAAAAAAACAAACGCACAUACACUUGUCCCUUCUACUUGCUUGGGAAAACAGUCCAAUGUUUACAUCAGGAAUUUUUGCUCCUUUGAUACGGAAUUAUGAAUGUGAUUUUGUUAUUUUCGUACGGUAUUUUGGGGAGAGGGGGUACAUUUUUGUCUUAAGGCGCUUAUGUCCUUGCAUAAGGACCCUCAACUGGCUGACACUUAUUAGGUUUUCUCCCUAUCAAGGGAGAUCUUGAUUCAGACCUCAGUUUUUCCUUAAAAAGGAAGUGGGGGAUAUAGCUCUUAAAACAUUGGACUAAAGAUUCCUUCAUUUGUCUACGUUGGUGCUCAGGUGGGAUACUGGGUAAUCUUUCCAGAUUUGUAAAUCUGGUUGGUAAUCCCUUGAAGAUUGAGCAGGAAAUUUAGCAUUUUCUUUCUUGGAUUCCCCUAGGGCAGGGGUAGGCAACCUUGCCUUUUUUAUGACUCGUGGACUUCAACUCCCAGGAUUCCUGAGCCAGCAUGAGGGAAACUUUGGCCCCUUCAUGAUUCGUAGACUUCAAC